AUGGCUCACGUGUGGCGACAGCAGGUCGGCAGUAGGAGGCAUUGCUUGGGCCUCCUCCCCACCAUCCUCUCCCUCCUCUUCCUUGCAGUCCACACCAGCCUAGCAACCAUACACAUUCCCUCCAACUACCACAUAAGUGACCUCAAGAGGCCUCCAGUUAUCAUCACACAGCCGGAGUCUUUUACUGUCUUCAGCAUUGAAGACUUUGUCAUGACCUGUGAAGCCACCGGCAACCCUCCGCCCAUUUUCCGAUGGACGAAGGACGGGGAGGAGUUCGACCCGGGUACCGACCCGGAGCUGAAAGUGAUCGAUCGAGCCGGUUCCUUCGCCUUCUACACCCUUAGCAACAGUGUAGAAUCCCUGAAGCAGUACCAGGGCAAAUACGUGUGCUAUGCAUCCAACGAGCUUGGCACGGCCGUCUCCAAUGAGGCCACGCUUCGCACCGAUGCCCCACCGACCCAGCAGAAAGAGAAAAAAGUUCAUGUGAAGUCAGAAGAAGGAAGCAGCAUCGUUCUGAAGUGCAACCCCCCAGAGAGCUCCAUGGAGCCCAUCAUUCACUGGAUGGACUGGAAGCUUCACCACAUCAACCAGAGUGAACGGGUGAUGCUGGGAAAGGAUGGCAACCUGUAUUUUGCCCACCUGAAAACCACAGACAGCAGGGAUGACUACACUUGCAAUGUCCAGUUUCUGGCAACUCGCACUAUUCUGGCAAAGGAGCCUGUCACUCUGACUGUCAACCCCUCCAACUCAGUGCUACGGAACAGGCGGCCCCACAUGAUGAGACCUACUGGAAGUCACAGCACUUACCAUGCACUCAGGGGCCAGACCCUAGAGCUUGAGUGCAUCGUCCAAGGCUAUCCAACUCCUAAAGUACUCUGGGUUCGGAAGGAUGGUGAGAUGUCCGAAUCGCGGACUGCCAAAGACAAGUACGACCGUCGUCUGCGCUUCACCAAUAUCUCAGAGAGCGACGCCGGCGAGUAUCAGUGUCUUGCUGAGAAUUCCCAAGGAAAGAGCACACACACUUACUCCGUGUCAGUGGAAGCUUCUCCCUACUGGACCAAAGAACCAGUCAGUAGGUUGUACGCUCCCGGUGAGAAUGUUCGACUCGACUGCCAGGCGGAGGGCAUCCCCUCUCCAACCAUCACGUGGACCAUCAACGGGAUGCCCCUCUCAUCGACCGACAGAGAUGCAAGACGCACUCUGACGCCUGGCGGCUCUCUCAUCUUAAAGGAUGUCAAUUUUGAAGACACGGCUAUCUACCAGUGCAGGGCCUCCAACAAGCAUGGAGCCAUCCUUUCAAACACUAACGUUUAUGUUAUUGAGCUGCCUCCGCAGAUCUUAACUGAAGAUGGCAACAUUUACACAGUUACUGAAGGCCAAAAGGUUUUACUGGAGUGUGACAGCUUUGGAUCUCCGAAACCAAAAGUCACAUGGCAAAGCAACAGGGAGUCCUCCCUUUUGGCUGAUUCCAGAAUUAACCCUCUUACCAACGGGGGUCUGCAAAUCUUCAAUGUCACACAUUAUGACGAGGGUUUCUACACGUGCGCUGUGGAGAACACUGACCUGUCCAUUAGUGCAGAGCUGGAGGUGCUCAACAGAACAGUCAUCCAGUCACCUCCGCAGGAUCUGAAGGUGCAGCCUGGACAAACUGCUAUUUUCACUUGUCUUUUCCAAGUGGACCCCAAACUUGCCUCGCCACUUAUUCAGUGGAGAAAGAACAACCAGAAGCUCUUUGCGUCUGACAGUGACAUGAAAUAUACGUUCAAAGGACCGGACUUGAUCAUCUCUAAUACAGAAGCUAAAGAUCAAGGAAACUACACGUGUCAGAUCAUCACUAAUCUGGACAUGGCUGAAGCAACUGCCACGCUCACUCUCCAUGAUCGCCCAGACCCUCCUACGCUACUGCAGCUUACUCAUCCUGAAAGGCGCGCAAUCACCCUCAGUUGGACUCCUGGAGAUGAACACAACAGCCCAGUGAUUGAGUAUGUGAUAGAGUUUGAGGAUCAGGUUUCAAAUGAGCAAGGUUGGGAAGAGUUGAACAGAGUAUCAGGGAACAACAACCGUACCAGUCUCUCUCUGUGGCCCUAUAUGUCGUAUCGUUUCCGUGUCAUUGCCAUCAAUGAGGUGGGCAUGAGUGCUCCAAGCAAGCCAACUGAAAUCCACAGUACAACUGCUGAAGUACCAGACAGGAAUCCUGAAGAUGUCAGAAGUGAAUCUGCUGACCCAGACACACUCGUAAUCACCUGGGAGGAAAUGGACAAACGAGACUUUAAUGGACCUGGGUUCAAGUAUCGUGUCCUGUGGAGACGGGUUGUAGGCAGCGGGCCUGACUGGCACCCCAACUACACAACUGCACCGCCAUUGGUAGUCAGUAAGAUUGGCAACUUUUCUGCGUUUGAGAUCAAAGUGCAGGCUGUCAAUGAAUACGGGGAAGGACCUGAGCCAGAUCCUGUAAUAGGGUACUCCGGCGAGAAUUUUCCACUGGAGGCUCCCAUGAAUGUGGGCAUGGACAUAUUGAACAGCACUGCCAUCAAGGUGACUUGGUCUCCAAUAGACAGAGAGACGGUCAGAGGACACCUGCUCGGCUACAGGAUUCACCUGACUAGGUUUGGCCCACGGGGUCACCACGUAGCUCGACGGGCUAGGGAGCCAAAGAUUACUGUAGUAGUAGAGACUGGAGCCAAUGAGGAGAGGAAGGUGAUCGGUGACCUCCAACCGUACUCUCACUAUACUUUGACUGUCAGCGUGUUCAAUGCCAAAGGAGAUGGGCCGCAUUCACAGAUGCUGCCUUUUGAGACAGAUGAAGGAGUUCCUCAUCCGCCAACAUCCCUGGCGCUAGACAGUCCAUCUGAGACAGAAAUGACGCUGCGCUGGACACCACCAAGCCAGCCCAAUGGGAUUCUUAUUGGGUACCGUUUGCAGUACCAACAAAUUGUAGAGAGUGAUGACAGUCCCAUGCAAGUGGAGGAUAUAGAUGAUCCUACAAUAAACCACUUCACCUUGAAGGCCCUGGAUCGCCACAGUCACUACCGCUUCUACGUGAGGGGACGCACUGCUGCUGGACAGGGAGAACCCAUUGAGAGGGAAGGUGCCACCACUUUGGAUGGAGCACCUCCUGUCAACAUUAGUGUGUCUCCUGGAGAGACCUUUGCUAAUAUAAGUUGGUUGUCCAAGAAGAGGCAUAGGAAUGUUAAAUUUCUGAUCCAAUAUCUCAAGAAGAAUGGCGCUGAUAAAUGGAAGACUGAGAAAGUGGACUCCUCUCAGUCCUUCUACCAGGUCAAAGGCCUGAAACCUGGUUCUCAUUACCAUCUGCGCUUCACCCACAGCAAUGUAACCUUUUUUCAGACUGAGACUGACACACUGGGAACAGGAGUGACUGAAGUGCAGCACAGCAUCGCCACCCAAGGCUGGUUCAUUGGCCUAGUGAGCGCCAUUGUGCUGUUGCUGCUCAUUCUUCUCAUCAUCUGCUUUGUCCGGAGGAACAAAGGGGGAAAGUAUUCAGUGAAAGACAAAGAGGAAGGCCCGAUGGACUCAGAGGCCCGGCCGAUGAAGGAUGAGACCUUUGGAGAGUACAGAUCUCUAGAAAGUGACCUGGAGGAGAAGCGUACUGCCAGCCAGCCAUCGUUGUGUGAGGAAAGCAAGCUGUGCAGCGAGGACAACCUGGACUUCAACGGUAGCAGCGUGCUGACCACCGAGGUCAACCUGGAUGAGUCACUGGCCAGCCAGCUUAGCCGACCCAGCGGAGGAUCAGAGGGGCUGGAUAACUCCCUGCAUAACCCCACCACCAUUUCCUCUGCCACCAAUGGCCUGCCCAACCAAGUCGCCAUCCUUGAUUAA